CAGCUCGGGCCAGCGCUGUCCCAGCUUUGAGGUUGCAGCCCACGAUCGAUCGAUUGGCCCUGCUGCUUUGGAGCCUGUGUUGAGGGUGAACAUCAUGGAGGAAUAUAUAGCAAGGAUGGAAACACCCUAAACUUGAAUGACCAAGUAUACCUUGGUAGACCAAGGCUUGAGUUUUACCUCUAUUUGUUCUACUGGGAUCAUAGAAUUCACAAUGACAACAGUAACAGUGACGGCAGAAUUUCCACCAGGGGUUAACAGAGAAGAUAAUUCUGCCUUGCGUGAGACUACAUCGGCCCACAUUAUUGAAGAAACUGAAUACGUGAGGAAGAUUCGAACUACUCUGGAAAAGAUCAGAAAUCAAAUGUUUAAAGAUGAAGCAGGACAGACCAGUACAAAUUGUAAACUAGAUACAAAGCAUUGUGGAAGUGUUCAGAAUGGCUCUGAUUCUGAAAUGGACCCUUCUUGCUGCAAUUUGGACUUGCUCAAGGAAAAAAUGAGAGCCAAAGACCUACAGCUCUUAGAAAUGAACAGAGAGAAUGAAAUAUUGAAAAUCAAGCUGGCAGCCUCCAGAGAAGCAGGAGCAGCAGCUCUGCGAAACGUGGCCCAGAGAUUAUUUGAAAACUACCAAACACAAUCCGAAGACCUGAGGAGAAAGCAGGAGGACAGCACAUACUUGCUCCAGGUUAAUAAGCUUGAAAAAGAACAGAAAUUGAAACAACAUGUUGAAACUAUGAACCACGUCGCUGAAAAACUUGAAGAAAAACACAAUCAAAUCACGGAGUUGGAGAAUCUUGUACAGAGAAUGGAAAAGGAAAAGAGAACACUGCUAGAAAGAAAACUGUCUUUGGAAAACAAGCUGCUGCAACUCAAAUCCAAUGCUCCAUAUGCUAAAAGGUGCCAGUAUCUUCAAGUGGAGAUUUCCACUCUCCAGGAGCAGAUCUCGCAUUUGCAGUUUGUAAUUCAUUCCCAGCAUCAGCACCUGCACAGCGUCAUCCAGGAGAUGGAAGGAUUAAAAAGUGCUUUAAAGGAACAAGAUGAUAGAAUUGAAAAUCUGAAAGAAAAGGUCAACAUACUUGAAGCCCAGAAUACAGAACUGAAAACCAAGGUGGCACUUUGGUCUGAAACUGCUAGGACAAAAGUAUCUAAGGCUGUCUCUACAAGUGACUUGAAGACUGAAGGUACUUCCCCAUAUUUGAUGCUGAUUAGGCUGCGGAAAUGAACUGGAUGAAGAUCUGAUUGAGAAAGACUAUGUGGAUCUCAUGUAUUUCUUGAAAUACAGUUAGACUAUUUAGAGACAACAUUUAGAAUAUUCAUGUUGAAAGGGCAGUGUUUGUAUUUAAGAGGAAUUUGUUAUAUAUCACUAGCUUUGCACGAAGAUGGCAGUCCAGAAAAUCUAAUAAAUAUAUUUAAGUGAAAGAAUUCUUUUUCCAAAAUUUAUUCAGGUGGCGAAAAAAGCCAGGUGCUCACCGAUAAUGGAAGAUAAAUUCUGCUUAUAACUUUAAAAAGAAAUUUGAAUUUUGCUAUGGGAGGUCUUUUAUGAUCUACAGCUUUGAUCUUAUGAUAGUAGUUUUUAUAUGAGUGAAUAGAAGGAAGAGUGCAUAUAUAUACGUAUGAAUUGAAAUGAUAUAUUUUAAAUUUAUUUUUAGAUAAGAAAUAGCUAUCAUUACAUAAACUCAUCUCUCGAUCCAUUGUUAGUGAGAGAGUAUUCUCUACUGAAUUAUCAGCAGGGGAAGGAGUAGAUUCUUUUAAGCUAACUCCCUAACCAAUAUUGCUCUCCAAAGUCGAGAAUCCUGACUGCCUCCCCAUACCUUAGAAAUGCACUGAUUUUAGCUGUUCUGGGAUGAAAACUUCCUUACAAGGCUCAAACCACACUCAUAAAUACACAGAGCUGCAUACACUGUACUCUGACUUUGUGACUAAUUUUCUUACUGAUAUUCAUUAAUAUCUGAAUAAAAUGACAAUGCCGCUGCCACAUAUCACUCUAAAACGCCUCUUUAAGGAUUCAAAUGGAAUGAUCUUUGUAAGUUUUGCGAAAGCGUCCUUAAGUUAUGAUGCAAGCCUUUAUUACAAAUGGAGUUUGUGGUUGCUGAGCAAAGCCAAACUCUGACCUGUGUAAAUGUAAAUACAAUGACAGGAAGCAGCACACACUUCAGUUAAAUGAAUAAAGAUAGACCUCAGUAACCGUAAGGAGAGUAGUUUGUAGACUUUUGGCCAUUCUUCCUUGUGUGUAAGUCUAAAUAUUUUCUUGGAGAGGAUGUUUCCAGCCCUUCAACAUGGAAAAUAAAAAUCUCAGUAUUAUCUAUUAAAUAUUUUUAAAGUAUGUACAAACAAGAUGAAGUAAUGUAUUUUCAAGUUCAUCCAAGUACUGUAAUCCUGGAAAUGUUGCACAAGCACUCUGUGUGAGUUUCUUGCUCAAUGAUGUCUUAGCAAACAUUUUUAUUGGUUUGCUAAUUUUUAGGGCUUAGUUAUCUAAUAUAUUUAGGGCAUCAUUAUCCUGUGCUGGAAAAAUUCUAAGCACUUUACCUUUUGUUUUCUCUGAAAUUCUUAGAAGCAGGCUAUAUUGUUAUCCCUGUGUUACAGAGAAAGAUACACUGAGAUUGGUUAAGUAAUUUAUAAAUUGCUAACUGUGGGUAAGGAUUUGUGCCUUUUGACUUUGUUCAAUUACCUGGUCUCGUUACAUUACCCUGCGACUUCCUUUGAUGUCUGCAUUAUCCUAUGGAUGAUAGAAACAACACUUACUGAUAAAGUCAGUAUUUCUUGAAAUGAAUUGUCCUUUUAACUGUUAGAUUACUGUCAUGAAAAUUCAGUUUAGAUAAAAAUUCUCUGCUUAUAUUACAUUUAUUAUUUAUAACUUUAUACCACAUUGAAGCUGAGUUCAUGAAUUUUUGUAUCAAGCUUUUUAAAAUUAUUAUUUCAAGUGUAUUAAAAGAAUGUAACCACCACCUGCCACCCUAGCACAAGAG